AUGGAUCCCCUCUCAGCCAUUGCAUCCACCAUUGCGAUCAUUCAGAGCAUCAAUGCAACCUACAACACAAUCACAAAAAUUCAAGGACUUCCCAAGGCGUUCAACGCCGUCCAAGAGAGCCUUCCCAUUGUCCAUGUCGCUUUGGUCAAGGCCCAUGGCUUUUUCGAACAUUCCAUCGACGACGACCUGAGGGAGAGCGCUCAGCCGAUUUUGGACCGCUGCCAAAAGAAGGCCGCCACACUCAACGAUGUCUUUUUGAAGCUGGCCGCCUAUGAGACCAAGUCGGACGACAAGACGUGGGACACGCUGCUUAAAAAGUGGCACACCCUGGCGCUGCCGCUGCGCACGGGACAGAAGGUGGAGACGCUGAUGAAGGGCAUGCUGGAGGACUUGGACUUGUUGAUGCGACCCAUUGCCUUUGACGACGGAGUAUUCCGAUCCCAGUUGCACCGCGCCAUCACGCAGCUGGCCGACGUGGAGCCGUCCGUUCCCGACGGGGAGUCGCUCGGCGGGACGCAACACAUUGCCAGCGGCGGAACUGGCUACCAAUACAACAACCAGGGUGGACAGCAGAACAACAAUACGGGGGCGGGACGCAUGUACAAUGCAGAGAGGAUGUAUUUCGGUAAGGACGAUUAG